AUGUCCAAAAGUCUCCCGUAUUGCCGGUUUCCCAUCCCGUCAGCAAACUGACAGAAAAGAUUGGCACACAGAUCAGCCUGAGGAUCAUCCGCCAUUAUGGGAGAAGAAAAUGAAGAAGAAGAUGAUGUUAUCGAUGGAAAUAUCAGAAAAACAGAAACAAGAUAUGAAUGAAAUGUUGGCUCUGGUACCAUCUUGUCCGAAAGUGGCUCGUAUCCCUGGUUUCCCAUCUGUACCACAACCCAAAGUAGUAUAUUAUGGGCCAAGUAUUGUCAACAUUCUUCCAUUGUGUCCAAAAGUCUCCAGUAUGGCAGGUUUUCCAUCCCGUCAGCGAACUGACAGCAAAGAUUGGCACACAGAUCUGCCUGAGGAUCAUCAGCCAUUAUGGGAGAAGCAAAUGAAGGUGAAGCCUGUUGUUAUAAUGGAAAGAUCAGAAAUAGACAAAGAAAGUAUGAAAGGAAUAGUGGCUCUGGUUCCAUCCUGUCCAAAAAUGUCUCUGGUGCCUGGUUUCCCAUCUGUACCGCAACCCAAAGAGGUCUAUUAUGGGCCAAGUAUGAUCCGUCUAUCAUGUCCAAAAGUCUCCCGUAUUGCCGGUUUCCCAUCCCGUCAGCAAACUGACAGAAAAGAUUGGCACACAGAUCAGCCUGAGGAUCAUCAGCCAUUAUGGGAGAAGAAAAUUAAGAAGAAGAUGAUGUUAUUGAUGGAAAUAUCAGAAAAACAGAAACAAGAUAUGAAAGAAAUGUUGGCUCUGGUACCAUCUUGUCCGAAAGUGGCUCGUAUCCCUGGUUUCCCAUCUGUACCACAACCCAAAGUAGUAUAUUAUGGGCCAAGUAUGAUCGGUCUAUCAUGUCCAAAAGUCUCCAGUAUUGCCGGUUUCCCAUCCUGUCAGCAAACUGACAGCAAAGAUUGGCACACAGAUCUGCCUGAGGAUCAUCAGCCAUUAUGGGAGAAGAAAAUGAAGGUGAAGCCUGUUGUUAUAAUGGAAAUAUCAGAAAUAGACAAAGAAAGUAUGAAAGGAAUAGUGGCUCUGGUUCCAUCCUGUCCAAAAAUGUCUCUGGUGCCUGGUUUCCCAUCUGUACCGCAACCCAAAGAGGUCUAUUAUGGGCCAAGUAUUGUCAACCUUCUGCCAUUGUGUCCAAAAGUCUCCAGUAUUGCAGGUUUCCCAUCCCGUCAGCGAACUGACAAACAUUAUCGGCACACAGAUCUGCCUGAGGAUCAUCAGCCAUUAUGGGAGAAGCACAUGGAGGUGAAGCCAGUUGUGAUAACGGAAAGAUCAGAAAUAGACAAAGCCGAGAUGAAAGGAAUAGUAUCUCUAGUACCAUCUUGUCCGAAAGUGGCUCGUACCCCUGGUUUCCCAUCUGUACCACAACCCAAAGAGGUAUAUUAUGGGCCAAGUAUCAUCUGUCUUUCAUGUCCAAAUGUCUCCAGUAUUGCAGGUUUCCCAUCCCGUCAGCAAACUGAAGGAAAAGAUUGGCACACAGCUCCACCCAAGGAGCAUCAACCAUUAUGGGAGAAGCAAAUGAAGAAGCUGAUUUUAUUAAUAGAAAUAUCAGAAAAAGACAAACAAGAAAUGAAAGGAAUGGUGGAUCUGGUACCAUCAUGCCCUACUGCAGCAAGUAUUCCUGGCUUCCCCUCUGCACCACAUCCCAAAGCUGAGGUAGAUAUAAGUAUGUUGAGUCUUAUGCCCACUUUCCCUAAAGUUUCCAGUCUCCCUGGUUUUGCAUCCACUGAGGGGGCUACAUAUUUAGACCCCAAGCCUAUAUUUGAGCUCUUGGAAAAGAAAGAAGAAAACAUUCUCCCAGAAGACGGAUCAAAAGAAGACAUUGACAAAACAAGAGCAAUGGUUGCUUUGGUGCCAUGUUGCACAGAAGCAGCCGGGAUUCCUAGCUUCCCCUCUGCACCACAACCUAAGAAGGAAGUAAAUAGUGUGGAUUUCACACAAUCGUGCCCCAAAAUCUCCAGUCUACCAGGUUUGCCAACUACGGCCAAAGUCCCGACAGGAAAUUCGCAGGUUGAACAGAAGCAUCUGUUUGAGAAGACACUGAAAGAUGAGACCAUAAGAAUCCAAGAUAGGUCAGCAGAAUUCAAAGGAAAUAUGAAAAAUAUAGUGGCACGUGAGAGUCUCACUCCUGGGUUCCUGUCCUUACCACAACCUAAAGCAAUGGAAGAACAAACCAUGUCUGCUCUACACCCAUCUUGUACAAAUGAAUCUACAGUAGCUGGAUUACCUUCUAGACAGGCAAUUGAAUUAGCUCUGGCCCGGGGAGAAGAAUCUGUGAGUUCUAUGCAGCCAUUGUAUGAAAAACCCUUGAAGGAUAGGUCAGAGGAUACUGUACUUUCCAAGCCUGACCUAGGCAGUGCAGUUGGAGAUGAAGGCCUUAAAACUAUGGUUGCACUGGCACCAUCUUGCCCCGAGGCAGCAAGCGUUCCUGGUUUUCCAUCUGUGCCCCCUCACAGUCCAGAGUCUGUAGAGGCACAUGAGACAAGUAUGCAGACAAAGGAGAAAGAGGUUGCUGGAGAACCAGCAGAGUAUGUUCUAGAUAAGGGUGUCCUCAGCAGCCCACAAAUAGAGAAGUCCACACCUGAGGAGAUCCCAAAGCCCUCAGCAGUGUCAGAACCAGAGCUAGUCUUGGGGUGGGAGGUGCUGGAGGCUGAUGGUUCUGUGGCAGAGAAGCCAGAGGAGGCCUCUGGCCUUCUACAGAAUAUUGUUGAUGUCUUCUCCAGAGGUUAUGAAACAGUAGCAGCCAUUUUGGGUCCGUCUGGUUCACCUCCAACAGAAGAUGUAGACAGUGGUGUUGUGGAUCCAGAGGACAGUGCAGUCCCAUCAGAGAGUUCCUCUGAUCCUGUCCCAGAUAUAUCUAUCCUUGUUCAGGAAGCAGUGUCUGGAGAGGCACCGCAUGUUGAGGGUGAAACCAAUCCAACUAUAGAGUUCCCAACCACACCUGAGCCAUCCUUGUUGACGGUGGAAGACAAGCAAUCCAACUCUCCAUCGGCAGUGAGACAAGACAGUGAGGAUGGGUUCAUUGGAGUCGAAGGCCCAAGCAGUAUGAGAAAAUGGCCGCCGUUGACGGAGGCUGACCUUACUGAAAUCUCCAGAGGAGAGUUUGUGGUAACUGGGGAAGAAGAGGUUACCCUUGACUCAUGGGCACAAAUAGGGGAGAAGUCAACAUUCAAAGUGCAGGAUGAUGUUGAAGUUUUUUCAGCAAGGUCACCUAUCGAGACAGAAUUAUCACCUUCAUCACACCUGGACAAGGGCCCCCAACACACAAUCACAGAAGAAGCCUCCGGCCCUACCUCACAACCUACUGCAGACAAGUUGCUGGUAGAGGACAAGUCUGAAGAAUAUAUAGUACCCAUACCAGAUAAACCCUCUGAUGAUCAGACUGUCACCCCAGUCACCUCAGUUGAAACACAAUCAGAAGUUGACCCCCCUCAGAGAGGCAGAAAGACAAAAAGAUCCCUUCCACGAGAGUCUCAACAAAAAGCAGAUGGCCAAGGAAGUGUGGCUACCCAGGAUGUCGCUGCACAGGUAACGACUAAACUGGUCGCUCCUCAUCGUGUGAAGAAAAAAGAGGGAAGUCUUCCUCCAGAAACUCAACAGGAAGCUGAUGAUCAAGGGAUUGUAUUUAAUGUAGUCCCUUCACAGCCUCUAAGGAGAAAAGACAGCCUCAGUCCAGAGCGCAAACAAAAAUCUGAGAAUGUGUCUGCACAGAAGCCCAUUGAUGUAGUCACUUCCUGCUGUCCGAAGAGAAAAGACAGUGAUCUUCUAACAGAACCUCUAGAGAAAGCUGAUGGUCAUAAGGGUUUCGCUGCCCAGGCAGCUCCUCAGGUGGUCCCAUCACGGCCUGGCAGUAAAAGAGACCGUAGUCUUUCAACAGAGCCCCAACAGAAAGCUGAGGCCCCUGUCCAGGUGCACACAGAAGUGGUCCCUCCUUGCCGUACUAAGAAAAGAGACCGUAGUCUUCCAGCAGAGUCUCCGCACCGACCUUUGAGGAGAAAGGAAAGCUUCACUAAAGACACAUCAACACAGGCAACUAGCCUGGUCCCACCUCCACGCCCAAGGAGAACCUCUAGAGCCUCCAGUGCAGAACCUUCAGAGAAACUUGGCCAGGGAGCCACUGAACUGAUUCUACCACAGCCAACUCGGAAGGCUGAUGAGCCAGAGAAUUUGAUUGCCCAGGCGCUCACCAAGCUGAUUCCACCUCAGCGCACAAGGAAAGCGUCUUUCUCUACCGAACAUCGACAGAAAGCUGACGAUUUAGAGAGUGCUACUGGUCAGGUCACAACUGUUCCCCUUACACCAGAUCAUGUACCGACAGAGUCGUACACAGACUUUGGUGUGAGAGAGACUGCCCCCCUCUUGAUCAUCAGAAAAAUAGCCCCGCCAAGGCGCAGCAAGAAAACAAAUUCUCCCCCAGUGGAAUCAGGCAAAGCAGAUGUGGUUGUAGAGGCCCUGAAUGCUGCCAACCAGGGGUCUGCAGCACCAUCCCAGAUAGAGGAUCGGAUGAUAGACUCGAUUGAAAAGGUUGAGACUGAGAUGCAGUCUCAGAAAGUCACAGAAAUGGCCACUGAGCCAGUUGAAGAUAAGCCACACUUUGAAGGGGUUGCCGUGAAUUUGACAGUAAUUUAUAGGCCUCUCAUUGACAAUGCAGCUCAGAAGGUAUCGACAGAGGACACUGCGCCAGAAGUAAAGACUGAGGACAAGCAGGAGUACUUACCAGUCCCAAAGCCUCGUGGGAAACGAGACCCGACCCCACCUGUCCAUUUAGAUGCUACAAGACCAAAGACCUGGCAUGCCUCUAGUGGGGAUGACAACGAUUCUGCCAGAGAGAGAGGACGUUCACUUGCAGCCUCAGCCUCUGUGCUGGAACCACCUCGACGCAGCAAGAGGAGCAGUAGUCUUCCUCCCGUACCCCCUGGGUGCCAGCCUGCAGCAUCUGGUGAGGUGGUGGUUGCUCCUCUGCGUAGGAGGAGGAGUAGACUAAACAUAGAACAAUCAAGCGUGCCUGUUCCAGUUCCCCGCUCGAAAAAACGCCUCAGUUCCUCUUUCUCCGAUGGAACUCCUUCAAUGGACUCCUCAUUCACUAGGCAGACCGAUUCCCUUGAGGGCUCGUUGUCUCUCUCUCAGGAAGACAAACAAGUCACCAGUCAGGAAGCCACAGAGGGUUCUAUAUCAUUAACCUCAAGCAUGGUCUCCGAAGGGAGCUUUGUCACAAUUCUUCACUCAGAGGAGAUAUCACCAGAAGUUAUUGUCUGUGAAAAGGGACUGGAGGAGAGUGGGGAGAGCUGGACCUUCACAGAUAGCGCUAUGGUCAAUGUGGCUUUCACAGAUACUGUAAGUGAGGACAUUGAGAGGGGUUCAGAGGCAGAAACUGUCUUUGAGAAGGGACUGGAGGAGAGCAUGGAGAGCUUGACCUUUACAGAUACUGCCAUUGCCACUGAGUCCUUCACAGAAACCCCUAAGUUCUUUGCAGACACUGUUAGUGAGGACAUUGAGAGGGGAUCAGAGGCAGAAGUUCUUGACCAGACCUCUCCAACCACUGCUACACCAGCUGAGGACGACUGGUUACAUGUUAAGGGAGCCAACGAGACAGAGAAGAUGGAGAUAGAGCGAAAAUACAUGGGGGUUGAAGAGGUGGACUUUGGCUUUGAGUCAGUAGACGUAGCUGCCGGUGGCUUAGAUGAAGAGAGGCUGCAGGAGGCAGCAGAGGAGCCAACAACGCCUGAACGCAGACCUGCAAACUCUCAGGAAAUGGGUCAAGACAGUGCUGCUUCUCCAGAAGGCCUCAUGGCCAGUCCUGGCCUGGUCACUUCCAGCCAGUCACUACUGGAGUGGUGUCAGGAGGCCACCAAAGAACACAAGGGGGUCAAGAUCACUAACUUCAGCACAUCCUGGAGGAACGGCCUGGCCUUCUGUGCCCUUCUACACCACUUCCACCCGGACAGGAUAAACUUUGAGAUGCUGGACCCUUAUGACAUCAAGCGCAACAACAAGAAGGCUUUCGACGGCUUUGCUGAGCUGGGCAUUUCUCGGCUGAUGGAGCCCUCAGACAUGGCCCUCCUGGCCGUGCCUGACCGCCUCAUUGUCAUGACCUACCUCAACCAGAUCCGCACCUACUUCUUGGGCCAGGAGCUGAGCGUGCUGCACAUAGAGGCGGACAGCAGCGAGUCCAGCUACGGUGUGGCCGGGGAGAGCAGGGAGGUUCCCGACCCGGAGGCUGCUGCACGCUACUGUCAACGGAUCCAAGAUGAGACCCUCACAAUGAACACCAAUGGGGGCGCUGCAGAGAAGGAGGCGUAUAGUGAAACUAAGGGGGGCACCAAUGGGGACGUGGUCCCGCCCCCUAGAACCAAACGGCUACAGGCUGCAGGGGCAGGAGGAGGGGCCCAGGCCCCCGUCGCACCCCCCAGGACACACUUCUUAUCUGCCAAGUCUGGGUUCUCCCAGCUAAAGGAUGCAGAUCUGGUUAAGAAGCGGCGGUCGCAACGCAGGUCAAUAGACGAGGCAGACACACCCGAGGUUGCUACAGGUCAGGAAGAGGGUGGAGCUACCAGAAGGAAAUCAGAAACAGAAUGGGAAGCUGGUGAAGAAGGACGAUCGGCUGAGGAGGGGUGCCAGGACUCCAGCCAGUAUGCACUGAGUGAGAUGAAGGCCCUGGAGACGGAACAGAAGCACAUUGACAGCAGGGCAGACAUAGUGGAAAGGAGACUACGCCGACUGAUGGAGUCAGGUAGUGACAAGAUGCAGGAGGAGAAGCUGAUUCAGGAGUGGUUCACUCUGGUCAACAAGAAGAACGCCCUCAUCAGGAGACAAGACCAACUACAGCUACUACAAGAAGAGCAGAACCUGGAAACGAGGUUUGAGAUGCUGAACCGAGAACUGAGAGACAUGAUGGCUAUUGAAGAGUGGCAGAAGACAGCGGCCCAUAAGCACAGGGAGCAGCUGCUACUGCAGGAGCUGGUGUCUCUGGUCAACCUGAGGGACGAGCUGGUCCACGACAUGGAUGCCAAGGAGAGAGGGGCUCUGGAGGAGGAUGAGAGGCUGGAGAAAGGCCUGGAGCAGAGACGCAGGAAGUACAGCAAGAAGAGCAAGGAGGAGAAGUGUGUGCUGCAGUGAGGCCUGGCGCUGGACACACCUGAACCAGGCAGCCCUGUGGAAGGUCACCUGGGUGCACUUUGGGACUGAUGCUGUAUGUGUGUGGCUCAUGACAUCAACACUGCAUGGAAGAGAUUGAGAACAGUGUUAUGCGACUGCACUAAGAGGACGGAAAACGAUGUUCGCCCCUCCCCCCACACCCCUCCAUGAUAUGACUGAGCCUCAAUCCAACCUAUGACUGGUUAUGAUCAGUCGCUUUGCUCUUCAGAUUGUGUUUUGAUUGGAUUGAAGUGUUUUUCUUGACACGCAUUUUUCAAUAUGGAUGCAGAGUUUGUGUGUACCUGUGUUUGUGCGUGCGAAUGUGUGCGCUGAUGCGUGUCAUUGUGAGUGCAAUCUAUGACUGUAUGGCGUUAUUUUGUGUAUUAACGUCGGGUCACAAAGACAUAUCCCUAACUAACCUAUCACCAGAUAGUUGCCUUACUGUAGAAUCUGUUACAGUAGUGUAUGGUUUCAUGGGUUAACGUAUAAAAGGUAUUUUCCACUGAAUGGAAUAUUAUGGACGGGACAGGGCUCCAGUUACUAUAUAUAACAAAGACCAACUUUAGGCCCAUGCAGCAGGUGGAUUGAUUCACCCGUCUUCACCUACAGUUACAUGAAACUGACAGGAGCGGUCUGUGAUUUAUUGCCAAUUACAAUGGAGAGAUGGACGGGAAGUACUCAACUUGUGCCAAACAAAUAUUGCCAAAAAAGGAUCUUUCUUAUUUCUUGCAGUGUGUUGGCUUUGCCCCGUGCAGACGGCACACAGCAAACAUCUGUUGUCUUGAUUGUUUAUCGACGCGGAUGUCGAGGAAAGAAGAAAACUGACAUUGUCGACAAGGUCUUGGUAUGGAAGAUGUUAAAUGUUUACUUGCAGGGCUCCAACGCUCAACCAGAGAGGGAGAUUGUGGGGAGGAAAGGGAAAAGAACUGUGGAGUCUAUACGGUAGCAAGUUUCGUACCCUACAGCUCGGUGUCUGAAAGAACAAAACCGUUUUAACUUAUCCAAAAUCAUUUAUGGUUUUAUUUAUUGAAUAGGUAUUCAACAGAUAAUCUUACAGAUCCAGCCUUUUGACCAGACCCAUAUUUAUUUAUUUUUAUGACUGGAAGUAGGAACUUUGUUUCAGGUCUGGAUAUGUUUAUGCAGUGAGUUUGAGUUCAGUUACUGUUUUGUGACAUUAGCCUUGUAAUGUCUUGUUUUCCAUUGAUUGGGUUUUGUUGUUUUAUUAAUUCAAUGAAUUGACGCGGAAGCUGUGGAGUCUGAAAAGGAAAUGAUCUAAAAUACUAGAGAACAGCAAUAUUCAGAACAGAAAACAUCAGGCAAAUGCAUGCUUUGUAGUAUUACUAUAUAUAGUCUUAUGCACGUGGUUAUGACAGAGGAUGUAAUGUGCAAAAGUGUAUGCAGUAAACAAUUAACCCUAAAAAAUAUUCUAAGAUUAAAACACCAGCACUUCCUUACUGCAGUAUUACUAUCAUUUGGCCAAGAUUGGACCAGAGGUUGAUAUUAGCUUGACCUCUGCGGAGCAACCCACCAGAGUAAAAACUAGACUCUGUCCUGAGUGAUUUUGGGAUGCCAUUUGACUGAGAGUGAAAAAAAAAUUGACGGUGAAGUGUUUGAACUUGUGUUCCAGUCUGUGCCUCCUCUGCCACCCUGUUGUUAGUUACUGUGGUAAUGUUUACUAUUCCCUGUGUGAGUUUGAGAAAUGUGCUUUUGAGUUUUCUGAAAUAGCUUUUUGGGGAUUUUUUUUGUGUUUGUUUUAAUGUUACGUACAUUUGCACUAUUUGUAAUGUUUGGAAAAUAAAAGCUAUUUUGGAUGA